AUAUAACAUUUUGAUUCGAUUUAGAUAUUUUCUUCUGAGAAAAUGCCAGAAGGUUGUAAUGCAGUAUUUGCUAAUGUUUUAAGUUAUUUUGGAACAUUGAUAAUAUUUGUUGUUGUGUUUUUUAUUAAAAUGCCUGUUCUUUCUUAUCCAAUAGUUGGCAAUUUGCUUAAGGUAGAUACCACAAAUUGGAAAAGCCAAACGUACAUAUAUGUGAUAUUAGCUUUGUGGUGUAUUCAUUUUAUUCGGCGUAUAAUUGAAGUUUUAUUUGUUCACAUAUACAAUCGUAGAAUGUCUGUAUUGGAAACUAUUGGUGGGCCAAUAUACUACUGGAUUUUUUCUCUUUUCAAUGUUUGGGCAAUAAGUGGUGAUCAGAAUCACAAUAAAAGUUUAUAUAAACCUGGAUUCUUUGUUUGCACUGUGCUUGGAAUUAUUAUAUUUGCAAUUGGUGAGAUUGGAAAUUGUAUAUGUCAUUAUCAAUUAAGAAAAUUCCGAUCAUCUAAAAAAGAUGAUGAACUAAUUGCAGUUAAUGGAAGGCGUGUUCCAGAUAGAGGUUUAUUUGUGUUUGUAACAUGUCCACACUAUUUUUUUGAGAUUGUUUCAUGGUUUGGUUUCUUUUUAGUAACUUGGACAUUAUGGUCACUUUUGUUUUUAUUGUGCACAUUUAUAACUUUAGUAAUAUAUUCAAAAAAGAAGCACAAAGCUUAUCAACAACAAUUUGAUGGAAUGGAUGGAAGGCCGUUGUAUCCUAAACGAAAAGUUUUAAUUCCUUUUAUUUUUUAAAGUAAUUAUAGGUUAUUUUUAUUUUUACUUUAUAUUUACUUAAAAUUGUUAAAUUUUAAUAUUAAUACUUUUAUUAUAACUUAU